AGCCGUGCAGCUCGGUUUCUUAUUGGCUGCCUGCUCCGCGGGACACGCCCUUCGCACUGCAGCACUCGUCGUUGAACAGGUAAAUGGAGAUUUUCAGAAAACUGAAUUAGAUUAAUAGAUCAGCCAAACGUACGCGGGAAAUGAGAGGAAUUAAAAUGAUAAGACCUGCAGGCGGAGGCGCUGGGUCGUCGCCACGGAUGACUUAACACGCUCGUGUGAAAAAAAUGAAUUCAAUAUUUUCUUCAGUGUUAGUCCUAGUCCCUUUGCCCGAUAACACUCACACACCUGCUAGCACUUGCAGCAAGACGGGUUGGAUUCCAACAUAAUUUCAUUGGCUAAUGAUAAGGUGGACACCGCAGUGACUAGCAACUAGCAGAUAGCAGCGUAGUGUGUCAGUCUGUAUCUCUUUGUCAGUGAGUGAACGUCAAGUUAAGCUGUUGCAUUGAGACGCGUUUUUCCUUGGUGACUGCUUCUGAACUUUCCUCAGUGCGAGUCUCCCCAAGUGCACAGCGCUCAGUGCUCAGGACAGCCACCAAUCAGCGGCUGGCGUGCGCGCGCGUGUGAGUGUGUGUGUGUGUCAGGUGCGAGCUGCACCGGCCACCCUCCCUACCUGUCUCCAAGCCGACCCUCAUCUGUCCCCUCGAAGCGGCGGUGGAGUCCCGCCGAGUGCCCGACGGAGGCGGAGCGGCUCCUGGCGGCAUCUUGGGACGAGGAGAGAACAAUGGGUCGGCGGCCGGCCCGGCGAGAGUGCACGAGGGACAAGCAGUAGCAUCCCGAGGGCGGCGGCGGCGGAGGAGGAGGAGGGCUCAUGCACGCGGAGAGGAGGAGGAGGAGGAGGCGGCGGCUUGAUCACGUUUUCACCUUGGCUGACGAAGCCGCACUCGCUGCUUUCUCUGCGUCGAAGACGGUGAGAAAUGAUGUCGGCGGCGCUCAUGUGAGUGCAGGCGCCUCCUCGCGGCUGCGGUCGGGCUGCCGCCGCCUCUCGCUGCUCCUCACAGCUAAUGCAGGCCCCUCUGGCCUCGUCGGAAGCACGCACGCACGGCCAGACAGGCUGUUGACUGUCUGCGAUUGCAGUUAGUGACGUCGGCGCCCGGCUUGUCACUCGCGCGGGCGGGAGGCCAAGCGCAAGAAAUCGGACAUCACCUACGCCACCAAGUGCAGCCCGAGACCUUGACAAUUAACCCAGUUUAGCAAGUCGCGGACGUCCCUUUUCUUCUUCCUUCUUUCCCCCACCUCCCCGUCUACUCGCCUCCCCUUCUCUUCCUCCUCCCUCGCCCCCUUCUCCUCCUCCACUUCCACCCGCCUCCUCCGCCUCCCCCGCCUCCCCCGCCUCAGCCAUGCAGAUAAUCAACAAACCCGAGGAGUUCUUCUCCGGGGCUGGCAACGCUUACACGUGCAAGGGGUGGCGGCGCUCCCCCCCUCUCGCUCCUCUUGCUCCUCGCGCUGCUCCUUCCCCUCUUGCUCCUCCACUCCUUCCUCCUCAUCUCCCCCCCCCCCUGCCCGCCCCCCGCCCCCACGAGGCCUCUCCAGCGCCCCCUCUAUCCAGCUACGCCAACACGCCGCCUCCUGCCCCCCCUCCGAGCGGCGCCGAGGCAGGCCACCGCCACCGCCGCCACCUUGCCGCCACGUCCGAGCUGUGUAAUUAUGCCUCGUUUCGCCGUAGUGCAAUGUCACCGCCCGGAUAUAUCACUCACGCGCCGUACUUCGCGGCCGAGGCGCCCUCCGGUCAUCGCCAACUUAGAGGUCCGGACGGCAGUGACGUAGGAGUGGCCAGCGGCGGCAGCAACAGUGGCGGAGGCAGCGCGGGCGGCGGUGCAACAGCCGUGGGCGUUGCCAAGAUGUCGGCCGUUGCAAGAAAUACAGCCACCUCCAUGCCCUCCAGUGGGGACACUCCCUCCAGGAAACCUGUGCGCCUAUGCCAGGUGUGCGGAGACAUUGCAAAAUCGCUGCACUUCGGCGGCCUCUCAUGUGACUCAUGCAAGGCGUUUUUCCGGCGCUCCGUCCAGAAUGACGCCUACAAGCACUUCCGCUGCGGAGGGGACCAGAAGUGCGCCAUCUCCAUUGCUUCAAGGAAGUUUUGUAAAUAUUGCAGGUUUGCAAAGUGUGAGAGCAUCGGUAUGACAAAGUCAUGGGUAAUGAGCGAAGACGAGAGACUACAGCUGAUGAAGACACGCCUCACCAAACGGAUGAUGUACCAGCAGGGCGGCUCAACUGGGGGCUCGGGUGGUGGGGGCAGUGUGGGAGGAGCUGGAGGUGGUGGAAGGGCAUGCAGCACUGCGUCUAGUGGUGUCAUGAAGGAUGCCUCCUCGCCCUACCACACUAAUGCCUCCUCCAAAACACAGGUGUCGCGCUACCAACACAACACGAAUCCCUCACCCACUUACCACCCGCCCACACGCCAGGUGGACCUUGGCUCCUCUGGGUCCUCUCCAAACAGCUCUCCGCCCACACCCGUCUCGGGACCCCUCACGCCCAUACAGUAUGGGCCAAUCCCACCCAAGGUGAUGCAGCAGUGUGGCACCAAGGAAGAGAGUCCUGACAGGGGCCUUGGCAGAGGCAUCAAGAGGGAAAGUGAUGAUGAGGAAAUGAGGGUGGAGCGGGUGUUCAACCCAGCAUCGCAGUACCUGAAUGAAAGUGAGGUCGAUAUGCUAACCCGUGUGAUCAGCAACAUCAAGCUGGUUGACCAGCAACUGCCCUACACCAAAAACACCCCAGCUGAUGUGAUGUCCAUCUACAAACGCUUUGCCGAGAGAUUGACACGGUUCCUCAGGCAGUUCCCAGAAUUCAACAAUCUCACACACAUGGUCCAAGGAAUGACCAUCAAGAAAAAUAUCACAGUCAUUGCAUUGGUGUUUGCCUCCAGCUUCAUCAAUGAGGAAACUGGCAGCUACAACAAUAUCCACUCUCCAGCUCAGCCCAUGGUCACCAACAUGAAUAUGAUUCAGAAAGCAAUGUCCCCCGAAGUUUUCAGCAAGUUCAGAGAAAUCCUGGGCUCUCUCCGACAGUACAAUGUGGAUUCCCGGAUGGCUUAUCUCCUGGUCCUGAUCAUUGUGUUUAAUUGUGAUGGCCAGGAUUCCACAAGAGAGAAUUUUCAGCGGAUUCUGCAGCAGUACAUUUUGUGGAAGUAUGGCGAAGUGUCAGGGAAGCCUUUGUUUGAGGGGUUGAUGCGAACCUUACAGGCUGUCAGACGCCACUCUGAGCUGUUUGAGAACAUGUCUGUCCAGCGCCGGAACCUGAUGUGUGCAAAUAUGCAGAACAACAUAAGGCCACAAAUAACCGCGGGGCAUAUCAGCCAGUGCCGUCAGGACCUCAACCUCUCUGAUCUGGAUGUGAAACAUAAAGUUGACUCACUGACUGGAGAACAGAUAAGACAGAUGUUAAAUGGAAUGGACAUAGAGCAGAUGAAACAGAUGCUGCAAGGCAAUGGGUUGGAACAGAUGAAGCAGAUGUUGCAGAACAUGGAAGCUGAUCCUUCAUUGACAGAGAUGGUUGCAGAAGGCAACAACCCUUUAGUCCACUCACCACCAUUGCACUGUAACUCCCCCCAGAGUAUGGUCCAGUCCCCUCACAGCUUACUCCAGUCCCCACACUCCAUGCUCCCCUCACCACACAGCAUGAUGCAGUCUCCUCAGAGCAUGAUGCAGUCACCACAUAGCAUGAUGGACUCUCCCCACAGUAUGAUCCAGUCUUCAUCUCCAGGCAUGAUGCAGCCCUCCAACAUGAACCAAGGUGUUCCCACCAUGCUGGACAUAUCCCACAACCUGAGCCAAAGCCCAAAUGCUACUGUGUCUCAGAUCAUCAAGAGUUCAACCAAUCUACUUAAUAAUUACCAGGACAUGAAGCCUCCAGUGUCCUUCAUGAAUUCCCCACAGUCUCUUGAGUUGUCCCAGAGUCCCAUUGAGCUGCCAAGUCCUUCGUCACACUCCAUGAAUCUGGCUCCUUCCCCCGCUCCUUAUAUCCCAAACCAGGAAAGCUACAUUGUUGAGCAUCACCCAACAGAGCCUUCAUACCCAGACCACUGCCAGUCUCCUAUUGGUGACACAGCAUACCUUAACCCACCCUCAUAUACCCAGACGCCGUACAGCCCUGCUCCGCUCUCAGACCAGUACAGUAACACGUAUCAGCCCUUGUUCUCACCCCUGCCAUACAAGGAUGACGGCCAGAGUAUCAGCAGUGGCAGUACUGCCAGCAGUAGUGGGGUUGGACUGAGCCUCACCUCAAGUCUGACAUCGCCCAUUUCGUCCCUCCUGACAUCCCCGACCCCCUCCCAUUCCUCGCUCCAGGAGUCGGAUAAUAGCUUGUCAAACUACCAAGAGCCUGAACAUGGUAACUCUCUCGGAGCUGCUCCUUAACUCCAAGGUGUUUAGAGACUUCAUAUGUGACCAUCAUAUGUGUAUUCCAAGCGAGUUCCUGCUAUAGGUUCCGGCUGUAGAGAUCAUUACUAGAUAAUGUUAAUUGUUGUAGCUUAGAGCCAAUGUGACAUUUAUCAUAGAGUGACCUCAUCUCGCAUACUGCCCAAAUCCUCGCUCUAGAAGUUUCAUGUGCAAAAUUCUUAUUUUUGAUGUCAAAAGGCAAAAAGAAUAAACUGAUCAUAAUUGCUGUGAAACAAAGUAGGAAUUUGCAUAUAAUGUUUCUAAGUGACAAUGAUUUGUACAAUAACCUUCCAAGUCCGGCCAUAAACUCACAACUGAAGUAUAUUGCAAAGAACUUGCAAAUAUGUACAGGUUCUCAUGUCUCAAGACAUUUGAGUUGAUGCUCCCAACUACCUACUUGUCUUCUACCUCACUCAACAGGUUACAUGAUUACAGAAAGUGUUAAUAUUCCGAUGAUUUCCUUGUUAUCGGUGUAGCUGUUUCCAGUCAAUACAGUGAAUGUGCUGAGCUUACCACUGCUGGGAUAUUUAGAUUAGUUGAAGUUCUGCUCAGCUCUAUAUACUUGCUCUGAAGAGAAAUAUUGCUAGCCUGGACACACAUCCUUGUGAGAAGUUGAAGUUUUGGCCACAGUCAUGUUGGGGUUUGGGAUCCAUGAUUGUUUAUAGAGUUUGACUUUCCCUUUCAUGAACUCUGUGAGGAGUUGAAACCUCUGUACAGUAAAAAGUUGUGUAAUAUGGACCAAUGCCACUGCAACAAGUGGUCUUGGUAGUGGAAUAUAGCUGUUGCAGGAUUUCUUUUUAUUUUGUAAAUAGUAUAUGCAAAUUAGACUGCAACAUUUCAUGUAUGGCUGGAUCAGCCAUAUAGCAGCUGAAAGUGCAAGUUAAAGUAAUGAAUUUCUUGUCAAUUUUGAAGCUGCUCUGUUACGUUUGAGCACUGUUGUAUAUUGUGCUGGCAGACAAUGGUUAGCCGGGGACAGCAUGUGGAUGGAAAAUUAGAGAUGGACCUUGCUAACAUUUUUUUUAUCAAUUGGCAGAAAACUUAAACUGUGAUAUAACUAUAUAUAUAUUUACAUUAAAAAAAUAACUAAAAAUAAAACAAAGUACAUCAAA